GAUCACCACCGCCGUCACCGCCGCCAGCAACAUCAUCACCGCCGGCCUUACGGCCGCCAUUGCUGAGGCUGGCCCGGCCACCAACUCUGCGGUCGCCUGGGCUGGAGAGAACGUCGCCGCCGCCGUCAAUACCGCCAUCGCCACCGCAUUCCCCGGUGCUGCCAACACUACUGGCGCGGAGGGCGCUCCUGAGGCCCUCGAGGAGCUGGAGGCUGGCGCCGGCGAAGGGCCGGCAGAAGUCACAGCCCGCAUCUCGGGCAAGACCGCCUGUUUGUGUCGCCGCAAGCCCUCCGACGAGAACGAGGCGGAUGAGUAA